UACCGGUGCUUUAGAGCGACGUUGAGGCAGCUCUACCAGGAAACAAACAGCUACAAAAAAAAGGCUAAAUAGUCGCUAUCCCCCUACUGCUCUCUUGUUUUCAGCGAUGUAGAGAAAAGAGGCUGAGCUGCUCUUAAAUAAAACAGCAGGACCCAUGACCCUGACACGAGGAUCCUUUACUUACUCCAACGGCGAGGAGUACCACGGGGAAUGGAAAGAAGGUCUCCGUCAUGGCCUGGGUCAGUUGACCUUCAACGACGGGACGUGCUACACUGGACAGUUUGAAAAUGGCCUCUUCAAUGGUUGUGGGGUGCUGGUUUUUCCUGACGGCUCCAGGUAUGAAGGGGAAUUUGUGCAGGGGAAGUUUCAAGGUGUCGGCGUCUUCACUCGCUUUGAUGGCAUGAAGUUUGAGGGCGAGUUUAAAAGUGGCUGUGUGGAUGGCUAUGGAGUGCUGGCGUUUGUGGACGGAGGCCCCGGAGGAGGAGGAGGCACCCACGAGGGUCUGUUUGAGACCAGCCAGCUGAUGAAGAGAGAGAACAGCCAGGGAGCUGUGCAGCGGGCACAGGCGGCAGCUGCCAAGGCCCGAGCUCUGGCCAUGUGACGUGGACUACAUCACCCACAGUGCCCCAGUACCAGAAUCAUCCUCCCACCACUACCCCCUUGGUUUGAGCUAUUUCAUUUUUUCCUUUAAUUUUAUUACUUUCUGGUUCCUUCUCAUCCACUUUUUGUUGGACUGGUAAGUUAGCUUUUAGGAUUUUGUUCUCAUACGUCUGUUCUAUCUCUCAUUCAUGUAACAUGCAGUAUGCGCAGAGAAGAAAUGAAUGGCUCCCUUAACUUGUGUCAACACAGCCACUGAAUCAGGAUCUGCUGAGCCAAACACAGAUUUAAUGUUCAGUUCACACACUGGUGCUAAAUCUGUUUCAGCGUCAGUUAAUCUGACAAAACACAGAAGUGCAUGUGGACGUUUUCCAGUAAACUCUGAUUUGGUGAGUUUCAUGUCAAAAGAAUAUCUGACAUGUGGGCUUAAAGUGACCUAAAUUUAUUUUAAAAAAGAAGUCAGUAUUUAUGUUUCAAAGUGGAAGUGCACAAAAACAUUAGUGAGACUUUUUAUAUUUCUGAAUAAGUUAACUAUUAACAAGUAAAUAGUAGAUAAACAAAAGUAAAACAAAUGAUUCUGAUUUGAUUUAAUGUUUAUUUUUACUUGUGAAUUCUCAAGCCUAACAAAUAUAAAAGUCAUAACUGGUUUAAAACCAAAGAUUUUAAACUUUUAAUCACAGUUUUAUUCAAAUUUAUUGAUGUAAAACUUGUGUUAGAUAGUGCUGUUUUGUCUUCAAAUAUUUAGCAGAGCACUACAGACCAUGUCUAUGACAAAGGACGUUAAUGUGGUAAAAAGUAACUUUAUUCCGUUACACAGCAGACAACCAACAAACACCAGACAGGCACAUUUUCAUUUUCAUUAACUACAAACGUAUUUGAUUUAAUAAGAGAUUAUUACUUUAAAGGUGACUUCUCAUAUUUUGCCAACCAGGAACAAAAGCCACAAUAGAUUCAGUACUCAAUUCUAGACACUUGAAUUAGUGUUUCAGCAGCACUGACAUGCUUUCACAUGGAAAUUUAGUCAUUCAUACACUUUUGGAACAAGAUGUCUAAAAACUUUAUUUUAUAGGUCUCAGAUUUUCAUGAGCAGUUUCAAAGAAUUCUGCCAUGUGAUUCUAAUUAGAGUCGAAAUACAGACCAUGAAUAAGUGGAACGCUGUUAUUUACUUAAUUGCUUGAGACGGUGUAGCAGAGGUCAGCUGACACUGCAAAAAUAUAAACAAAGCUUACAGUUUCAGAUACUGUUUGUAUGAAUGAAAUUUACAAUUACAUACAGAAAUGAGUUACUGCUUGAAAAACUGUCCACAUAGGUCAGCUCUAAGGAAUCUUACACAACAAAGCAUUGUCUGUUUUUAGUCAAAUUAAAUAUAAGGGAAAACUAUUCAAAAAGGUGUCAACAGGCUUCAUUCUUACUUACCACUAAAUCUGAAAUAAAUCAAAGCCCAUGUUUAUUUUCAUAUCAGCACUUGUUUUGAACAUCAGCUCAUCAGAUCAGUACUUUCUGGGUUUCCUACCUUCCCUUUAAAAUGUGUGGUUUUUUUCUGACCUCUUAUUGGUGCUCUAAUGAGAAUACAGAUUGUUCAGUUUGAGUCAGAGAGAUGUCAGGAGGGCCUUGGUUAGAGACGAUGUGAGCAGCGUUUGGUGGUCGUUUUCACUCAGUGCCGUUACAGCUCAGUCUGAUUACAGAACAGCAGGAACAUCUUCCUCAGUGCCAAACACACAGUGCCAAGUGGCUGCAGCUGAUCCCGAAUCAGUGGCUUAUUAUCAGAGAGGAAGCUGGGAGGGUGGAGGAUGGGGAUUAAUAGUGAGGAGAAUGGGAGUGCCUGCAUUAUCACAGGCUGCAAUAAUGAGUGCAAUUUCUGUUUUGGAGGUGCAAUUUGAUAAUAGCAUGCAAUUUCUGUUUGAAAGCAAGAUUUUCCUUCCACCGGCUUUUAUAUUUGGAGGUGAGGAGCUUCCUGCUCUGUCAGGAAAGAAAGGCUUUGUAGGUGAAAGGGAGAGCCAUCUGAUGAAGGAGAGGCUCAAAUGACUUGAAGGGUUUCGUGGGAGAACUAUGUGGACCUUUUUCUGCAUGAAAUUUGAGCCAUUUUCUAAGAAACAGCACUAAGAUUAUGCCUCUUUUUUAAAUGUCCAUAAUUCAAAAUGUGAUUUAAAUUUAUGUCAAAAUCCAUGAACCAAAAACAUUGUGUAUUUUUGCAGUGAAACUCUUCACAUAGUCCAAGGUUUUCCAGCAAGGUAAAACAUAUUGUAAUGUGCUUUAUGCACUUUUCUUUUUUACUCUUCACAACCCUUAAUUAUUGAUGUCACUUUGGAGUCUCAUCUGAUGUUUACAGUUUGUGUAUCUUAUCCCCCCUCCCCCAAACAAAAAAAGUAACUAGCACAUACUUUAUGUGUAUCAUACCUGCUGGGAAUCAGUGGCCAUCUAUGUAAUGAGACUGGUGUAGAUGUGCUAUAUAUAUGUGUGUGUGAAUGUAGUCGUACUGUUGUGGGUGGGGGUUGGGGUAUUCAACGUGUAAUGGAGUUAAGUGUCAGUUACGUGAAUGUUCCAGUGUGCAAUUAAUUUGGGAUGUGGUUUGGGGGCUGAUGUCUUCCCUGCUGACCAGUUUGACAGCGACAUCUAAAAGAGCUAAAGUGAUGGAAGCAUCUUACACCUUUUAAUUGGCUUUGGGAUCCAAACAGAAACUGUUAAACGCAUGCUGUUAUUAGGGGGAUGACGUGGGCUGGGUUUCCACUGGAAUAAUCUUUAGUCUUAUUCACUGUAUUAUUUCAAACAAAAAUGUUGUGACUAUGUUCAUAGUGAAUCUUUUAACAUAGUCGUGUAUUGUAUUUAACUGAAUGACCCCAUGUUCCUUCACAGUCUUAGAAAACAAAGAGAAUAAUGAAACCCUUUAAAAUGCACCUUAAAACCUCAACUUUAAAAGUUGCCAUGUGAUAUUAACACGAAUGACUGUCUCUCAGCAUUAGCAAAGUUACGCUUUCUAAUGUGGGUAUGACUGAAAUCAUUGGUUCACUGUGAUGAGUAUUAAUUAUUAAUGAGGGUGCCAUCUAAAUCCACCCUAAAACAGAAUUCACACAUUUCAGUAAAAGUCAAACGAUCUCUAAGAAUGUAGCUUUGAGACAGUUUAUUGACUUAAAGAGAGAAUUAGGUUACAUGCUAUCUGCCAUAGCUUUUAGAGCUAGUUGGAACAUUAUAAAAGGAGAAUGUGAGGUCUUGAGUUAAAAUUAAUAGUCACAGGAAUAUUGAACUGUUUUCUUUGGGGUUUUUUUUUAUUUGUUUGAUUUAAAAACAAAGCAUUUCAACUCUUAAUUCUCACUAGAUUAUCUAAGAUCACUAAAAUAAAUAAUAAUACGCUAAGAAAUAGUUUAACGUUUUGAUGCCAUGUCCACAUCUGUGCCAAGUAUGAUGCUAAAGCCAGAUUAAGCUACUUUAGCACAACUAAGCUACCUUUGUUCGGUCUUCUCCUAGGCUAAGCUAAUUUCCAGUGGGCAGUGAGUGAUUCUUAAGUUCUCAUGUAAUUCUUUAUGAUUGCCAUAUACAUUUUAUUUAACUGAAAGUUUGAUUUUUUAUAGACAAAGCUAUUCUGCUCUUUCUUGUUAUUCCCUGGCUUUGUGCUAAGAUACACUAACACCAGGAAAUUAGUCUUAUUAAUCAAAUUUGACUCUGACGACUCUCGGUAGGGAAAAAAUAGAGACUCUUUAUAAAAUAUUAGGUCAUUACUUCAGGUUCUUCAGUUUAAAACAGUGAUUGAAAUAAUUCAAAGCCUAAAAAAUUAUUUUGUGUACACAUUCUGUACACAGAAACAUGACUCUCCGCACAUUUCAGCAUCAUUUCAAACAAGGUCCUCCUUUUCUUUUCUUGCAUUUUAGACUUAUUUUUAAAAUUAUUAGGUACAAACUGAAAACUGACUGCAUUAAAAAACACUGUAACAGGUUAAAUGAACAACACUCACCUUGAACUGCAGCUGAUGUAUAAGUUGCUUCCAGCUGUUUAAGAAGUCUUUCCUUUAGGCUUGUUUGCAAACACAGCAGCAUCAAAGAGCAGCAAGAUCCAUAUCAAAAUGUCCAAAGUCACAUUUAUUCAUUUUCUUCAGUUAUUUUUGUCAGCAGUGUAAACAGCACAUUGUGUCUGAUUAGUCCUUACUAGAAACUAUUGUGUCUUUAUUUGUUAAUUCUUUUCCUUCCAUAGCUUCAGCACCACUUCCUCUUAUUAAACCCCAAAUUAUGAUCAAAUAAAUAAAAUAAUUAGUGAAUAUUAAAAUUAAUAGCCUAUGAUUAACCUUUAAUUAUAAUCUAUUAGUAGCUACCCCACACAAAUCAAUCCACCAUGAAUCUCACUUCAAGUGGUAGCUGUAAAUUGGCAGUGCUGUGGUUUAUUUUUUAUAUUCUUAAAAGGACAGUACACACCAGCCUAGUUGGAUCAUUCCUCAAAAUGUAAACAUAAAGACAAAGAACAUCAGCAAAGUUCAGACAGUUUUUUUUUUUUUUUGCUAAAGGAUGGAAUGAAAUAACGUGAAUUCCGUUUUAGGUGGGAUUUCUAACAGUCUGAGGACUUGAUGCCUUUUAAAUGGGUUAUUUUAACAGUGAAAUGCCAUUUUUGAGGACAGUUUUCUUUCUUUCUUUUUUACUGAGGCUCUCUGACUGUUUCAUUUACACCAGGAAUCCAUUGUUGUUGUUAUUCUUGGUGUCUUGAGCUGCAUGUACAUUUUAAUAUUUUUCUCUGUGUGUUUCAAGAGGCAUUGCCUAAGUCUGUACAGAGAGAAACGGACACUUAAUUCACACACAUGUGUGAGGAAUGGAGACAUAAUCAGUGUCUAUAAUUUCAUUAGUUCCACAGUAUUUACUUCUCACACUCUUAUACACAAACACACACACACUUGCGCUUAGACUGUCCUUAUGUACGGCACAAACACAAACAAGCCCAUUACCAUAAUCACCACUAUAAUGAGAAAAUAGGGCGAGAGCAAUCCAGGGCUCUUUAACAGUUGUUCAACAAGUGAGCGAAUCAACGCUGCUUAUGAAAAAUGACACACAGUUACUUAAUCGAGUGCCUGAACAAAAACCUUCUUCUACUGUGCUUUGAAUACUUUGAAUACCGGCUGACUGUUUUACUUACUCUUAUUGUUUUCUCUUAAAUCUUUUUGUCUUUUUGUGUGUUUUUGUGUUUGUGCUUAAUAAAGGAAAAAAUGAGUGUGGGGUUGAAGGGCAGUGGUUGACCAGUUUAUCACACUGGUGAGAUGAUUGCCCGAUGAGUAACAACCAACUCACUGCCUUCACUCACAGUAUGCCUUCAUAUUUGUUUUGAGUAUUUCAAAUACCUGAGAGAUGGAAACUGAAACAUUACACAACAUUUUCCAAAAUAUCUGGAUUUUAGAGAUUUUUUUGGAUUUCUUUUUAGUUUUCAGCAACAAAGGGAAAAAAUUAAAAUGGCUCAGGUCUUGCUGUCGAGAUUUUAUCCUGAAAUACGCCAUGAGAAUAUACAACAAUAGCUUUUGUUGGAGUAAAACUGGUGUCUUUAAAGGGCUCUCUGGCAAUUUAGUCUGAAAUAAGCAGAACUUGCUUUAUGUUAUAGAAAAGCCUAUCAAGCUGCAUAAUGGGAAAUUUAGGAUUCGGCAUUGGGGCGUGAUCCAGACUAGGGAUGCAUAGCUGUUCUGCAGAGAAAGUAUUUCAUGCAUGGUUUUCAGUCGUCUAUCUGAUCUCCGAUGGAACAGAUAUGGUUCUGUUUUAAUCAGUUCAGCUUUCUGCUUAGAAGGCAGUUUGUGUUUCAUUUGUAUUGCACAUUUGGUGGCCAGAAAGGUGUGUUUGUACUUCGAGUGUAUUUUCUUCCAUUUCACGCACAUAAAUAAAAUCAUUGUGAAUGAGGCUCUGAGUGAAGCCAGCACCUCCAUACUGUGUAGAAACAGAGAAUCCUAGAGCAGAUAAUGUGCUGCUUAUGUUAUGCCUCCUGUGUUGACAUAGUUUAAAGUCAGGAUAUGUCAGCCUCUGCUGAUUGAAUUUCACCCAUUUAAGUGGAAUAUGAAAUUGCUGCAGUACCCCUUUAGAGGGAAUAAUUGUUGAGCCAUUAAAAAGACUGAACGUCUCACAGUUCUGUGUGCUGACAGCCUGACGAGAGCACGUCUGCUAAUUCAGCCAAAGGAGAGCUCCACAGAUUAGAGGCAGAUUAGAUUUGUUUCAGGACUGUUUGGUCAAGAAGCCAAUCAACACAAAGUAAAUGACAUUUACUGUUUAAGGCAAAAAAAGUUACUUGUCAACUGAAAAUAGUUGCACUAAAAUAUGAUUACCAGCCUUAAAAAGAACCCUGAGUAGUUCAGCUUGUGGCCGCUGUUUCUAAAGCACACUGUCAAAACGCAUAGAAUGCUUUCAUUCAUUUAAAAACUGAAUCGGUCCAAAUUUCUAACAAACCAGAGGUUAAAAAAUUGUCACUGUGUGCUGCUUUUGUUUGCAAUUUCCAGUUAAAAAGAAACAAGUGAAGGCUUUACAGCUUUCCUGUUGGAGAGGAGGGAGGGGGUGGGGAAAAGACACUCUGCAAAAGACCUGCAAUUAGGUUCUAGGAACCUAUCUCCUUUUGCACUUGAAGCUAAAAGUGCUCAGAAAUAUUACUGGUUAUUAAAGGAUGACUGAAGGCGCCAGUAAACCUUGCACAUUGGUCACUGACCAGUAUGACUAAUGCUUGAAGUAUUUCCUGGAAGUAAAACUGAAAGUCAGACUAAUUUCAUGCAAUCUAUACAUGUUUUCAUAGUCAGGGUUCCUUUCCUUUUUAAGCAAAAAUGCAAUCUCUAAGGUGACCUAGUAUGUUCUUCCCCAUGUUUCCGCAUCAAUUGUUAUGCUGUUUAAAGUUUCACAUAUUAAGUAAAUUCUUAUGAGCCAAAAGCUCAGGCUAAUAAUCCAGAGUCCAAUCACAAUGCAGAGGUUAAAAUUGGUCCCCUUUUAGGUCCAUUCACUGGUUUUUCUAAUUGUAAACACUCCCCAUGAUCUUUUUCAGGAGAUACAAGUCUGCAUAAUGCAUUUAUUUUUCUUGUCUCAUGAUUGAAUUUAAUUUUCCUAAUACAGAGCAUUUCCUAUUGUGAAACUAUGUUGGCAAAACAGAUCACAGGUCAACUUGUGGCUUCUCAGAGGCUUUAAUCACAUCUCCUUUCAGGUGCCAUACUGUAAACAUUUACACAUGAGCUACAUGUGAGCAGCAUUUCAGUCUUUUAUCAAAACUGAAGGAGAAAAAUUAAACCUUUUAGGCAUUUAAUCAUUUGUCCAAGUUCAGUCGUGAGCUCAAAUAUUCAUUUCGAUGAAAAAUAAACAAAAGCUAUUGUUGACUAAAAGUAAACUUGAAGACAAAGUUGGCAACUGAUAACCAAAACUUAUCUCUGUAAAUAAAAUCUCAGUAACUGUUUUUUUUUUCUUUUUUCAGAAAUUUCACAGAUGCAUGUUUUAUGUCGUCUCACGUGGGACCACGUCCCGUUUUAGCACCUUUAAACACUGCAAAAACAUUUGGAAACUGAGACCCGCUGAUGUCACAAAGCCAUAAAGUCACUUUGUGUUGUUGUUUCUGAUGAGUUUGUUGUUAAGAUGAUGAUGUCAUGGAAACAAAAGAUGAAUAGCGUUUGGUAUUUUAGAUGGAAGUGAAUCCACAGACAAAACAAUAAAGAAAAUGCAUGAAACUGAA